ACUUUCGUUAAAUAUAUUAUUAGAUAAAAAAUCUCAAAUUCAAUAAAAUUUUUUCGGUUAAACCAAAAUUCGAAACUAGCUACAUUUACAUAGAUUACGAAUCGAAAACUUUAACUUAGUUGAAGACAAGUGGGGUUUAAUAUACAUAGAUUAUCCAACCGAAAUCGGCAUAAUAUAUAUGAGUUUUUUUCAAAAUUAUUCAAACUGCUGGCAACAUUAGAAACUAUAACCUCCAUUUUGUUUUAAAGUCAUAAACUGUCAAACUAUUAAACAAAAAAGUAACAAAGCUUGUAUGUAAAGACAAAUCCAAGCCAAAUAGUUUUGAUUUUAAUUGACCAUUUGAUUGUUAAACAAGGCAUAAAAAUUAUUUAAGUUAAUUUUUAGAAAAAAAUAUGGCACAAAAUAUUAGUCCUGAGCAAGCUGGAAUACUGGAUUCUUCCUCAGGGUCGAAGCGCAAUGACGAUUCAGUUGCAAUAAAAGACAAUCACGCUGUUAGUAAAAGAUUACACAAAGAACUGAUGAAUUUAAUGAUGUCUACUGAGAAGGGCAUAUCCGCGUUCCCAGAUGGUGAAAAUAUUUUCAAGUGGAUUGGUACAAUAACGGGGCCUAUUAACACGGUUUACAUGGGACAAAAGUAUCGCCUGUCACUAGAAUUUCCAAAUUCUUAUCCUUAUGCUCCUCCUCUGGUAAAAUUUUUAACUCCAUGUUUUCAUCCCAACGUUGAUUUGAGUGGAGCAAUAUGCUUAGAUAUACUUAAAGAUAAGUGGUCGGCGCUAUAUGAUGUGCGUACGAUCCUGCUUUCGAUACAGUCAUUACUGGGUGAACCAAAUAUAGACAGUCCUUUGAACGCUCAGGCAGCAAUGAUGUGGGCUGCACCGCAGGAGUAUCAAAAACACCUUGAGGCCUUUUACGAAAAGCAUAAGGACACAUAAGUUAAAUAAAUAUUUAAUAUUGGUUAAACAUAUAUUUAUAGGUUUUCAACGUUUUUAUUCGAAUACUGAAUUUGUAUUUUUAUAUAUGCAUCCAAACAUGUCAACUUGAACAAAUUGAGAUUUCUAAUGUAUUUUUAAGCGUGAAUUAAAUGUUAAUGAAUUAUAA